UUUACCUAGUCAAAUGUCAAUUCCCUUUUGUACAAGUGUAAUACAUGUUACUUGAUAGCAGAGUAAUAGCAAUCUGAGUGCCUAUAUAUAGAAUCAUAUAUGCAGCACCAAGUCUUCACAUUUUAUCCUACAUCUCCUUCUCUUGCCUAUGUACGCUUCCGAUCAAUUUUAGCCCUGCUUGUUGUGCAUAGUCCACGCCACAAUGGCUCCGGGUUCAUCUUCUCUCGCUCUCAAGGUGGCCUCCGUUGCAGUCGUUCUCAGCGUGCUCGUUGUGCCUUCCCUAGGGCGUUGCGGUCGUUCUCCAGCGCCGCCGUCACCACCACCACCAGCAGCUCCUACACCGCCGCCGCCACCACCACCAUAUCCUACACCACCGCCGCCACCACCAGCUUCCACACCACCGCCUCCUGAGCCGUUGCCGCAAAGUCCCGCACUAGCGCCGGGGCCGAUGCCAGUGAUAUCAUGCAGCGACUGUUAUGAUCAGUGCUACAGGCCUUGCGAUGCAUCCAUUCGCUCGCAAUGCAGCGGUGAAUGCGAUGGUGUUGAAGGCUCCUGCAACUCUUGCAAGACCACGGUGAUCGCGAACUGCAAGGCUAGUAGGAAUUGCACCGGCAGCUGCGAUGAGUGCAACGACGCUCCUAAUGGUUCAUGCACCAGCGCCUGCACCACCCGAUAUUGUGACGCGUGCAAGUCAGGGCGUGCUUGGACAUGCUAUGAUACCUGCAGCAAGGAGUGCGACGCGCGUAACUGCAUACACAACUAGGAGUAGCUAGCUAACUAGUGCAUGUGAUGCAUGAUCGAAGAAUCUAAUUGUGAAUGUGCAUGAGUCUGAUGCCGGGACACCGAAUAAUCAACAUGGAUGUCCUCUAGUAGAAAAAGGACCUUUCUUUCA